GAGAUGAUUGCCGGACAAAGAAGCGCGAGGCAAUUGGCCUCCAGGUCUGUCAAGGACAACAUCUGUAUAUCUUGCCGCGAAACCAUCUCCCGCCGAGGAUACGCGAGCGCAGUCGCGGAGGCGUCUGCAGUCCAAUCGGCCGACCCGCCCAUCGUACAAGCUUCCACGCCGCAGCUGUCAUACCAGCUCCGCGCAGGCGUUGUCCUUUCUCGCCCUCCGGUCCUCACCCGCGACCUCCACCCGUUCGAGAAGGCAUACUUCCUCUACCAGCGCCGUCUCAAUGAGCGUUUGGCCCUCCCGUUUACCAGAUAUUUCUACUACAAGCCCGACACACCCGAGGAUAUUGAAUGGAAGCGGAAGAUAAGGGAGCGCAAGACGCCUGCGCAUGAAAUUGGCACAUACCAUGCGUACGGCAAGGAGGGCUGGAAUGACGAGUUGCUUGUUGGAGCGCAAGAGAGUGAGCCUGAGUGGCAGAGGGAGAGUCUGCUCAAAGACUCGUUUGUGCCAAAGAAGCGGGCACCUGGUGCAGAGGUAGAUCCGGCUAAGGAAAAGAAAGAGCAGCAAGAGACGGCAUCGAAGAAGCCGAUGCCCCGAGUUACGGAAGCAGAUUUGGCUGGAGACGAAAAGAGUUUGAACAGGAAGUUGUCAAGGACUCUCUACUUGCUGGUCAAGGGCCCCGAGGGAAGGUGGAGCUUUCCCCAGGACCUCUUGAUUGGCCGGGAAAACCUGCACAGGGCGGCGGAGCGCGUCCUGGUGCAAUCCGCAGGCAUCAACAUGAACACCUGGGUCGUCGGCAACGUGCCCAUCGGACACUACGAGUACAAGUUCCCCAAGGCUAUCGAAAACACCCCGGCAAAUAAGGUCGAGCUGGGCGAGAAGGUCUGGUUCAUGAAGGCACGCAUCUUUGCUGGCCAGGCGGACCUGUCAGAGAACAAGCUGGGUCUGAGGGAAUUCAAGUGGUUGGCAAAGGAGGAGAUUGAGCCGAUCGUCACGAUGAAGUACUGGAGCUCGGUGCGGAACAUGUUGACGGAGAGGUAAGAGGGUGUGCGCCAUUGUAACUACUGUAUAAUAGACCGUGGUGUAUGCAAUUAUCUUGUUGGAUGG